UUAAGUUGCCGUUUUUAUGUCAUAAACUAUAAUAAUUUAUUAUAAAAUUCUAGCUUCUAAAAAUAAGAACGAAGUUUAUGCACUCCCUCAACAUAAAGAAAGUGAAUUUUUUAUUUAUUGUUUUUGUUUUUUUCAAAGGAAUAAUUUCAAUGAACUCUGGGAAGAAAUCUUUGAAGGAUUUUGGUUACUUAUUCAAUGAAGCAGGCCAGUUAAAAAACAUUAUAACUAAUGAGCCAUUUGUGUUUGAUGUUUACAAUGGAAAUCGAGAAAAAAAUCAACAAAAUUAUGAACAACUAGGAGAAAUAAUUGAUGAGCAUAUUUACAAACUGCUUGAAGAAGAUGCAAAAUUAAUAAAAGUUAUUAUACCCUUGGAUUGUUCAAAUAAUGAAGGUUGCUCAUUUAUUUUUCAAAGCGAAGAUGCAAUGAGUGCUGAAAAAGUUUUACUCCUUAUUCAUGGAAGUGGUGUUGUAAGAGCAGGUCAAUGGUCACGAAGGUUAAUUAUUAAUCAUUCAUUAGAAGCUGGUAGCCAACUGCCUUAUAUAAAAAAAGGUUUAGAGUUAGGUUUUGGCAUCUUUGUUUUGAACUCCAACUACAACUAUGAUCAAAACACAAGAACAUCAAUACGCGGAAGCGAAACUCCCAACGAUCAUUUUGAUUAUGUUUGGAAACAGAUUAUAUCUCGGUCUAAUGCAAAGCAUGUGGCUAUUGUUGCACAUAGUUAUGGCGGAGUGAUUACAGUGGAAGGGGCUCUAAAUAAUCCAGAAAUGGUUGACAAAACAUUUGCUGUUGCCUUAACAGACUCUGUUCAUCACCUGAGCCCUAAAGAUAAUAGGCUGAAUGUUUGGAUGAAAACUAACGUUCGUAACUGGGUUUCAAGUAGCGCUGAACUUGAUAAAGUUUUGUCUUACCGUGAUGGAGAUUGUCCGAGAUAUUCUGCAGGUACCCCCGUGCACGAGGAAACAUCUUGGAAAGCUUUUGAUUCUGUUUGGAAUUUUAUUGAGAGCAAAUGGAAUGAUCGUAUCAAUGACAAACACACAAAACAACGAAGAGAGGAAAAGGAUUUGUAAAUAAUUUAAACCACAAAGUGUAUGAGUGACACUAUAUAACAUAAUAUCGGUGGCUAUAUUUAUCCGGACUGAAGUUUAUUUUUGUAUAAUCAAAAUGUUAAAUGCAAUUUUCUUAAGAUAUUUACUUAUUAGAAAACGAAUAAUAGAAAUCGUUGUAAAAUGGA